AUGGGGCUGCAUGAGCCGGACGGCGAGGAAGGGGCCUGGAAGGGUUGGCGGAGAUGCUGGCUGCCUGAUGGGGUAAAGGGUCUGGUGGUGGCUCUGUUCGGGGGUGGCCUGCCAGCCGGGUUUGUGGCACCCUUCACCAAGAUCGCUUACGAGGCCUCGCAUGUCCCCUCCCUGGAGAUCCUGCUGUUCCGCUGCAUCCUCCACCUGGCCCUGUUCUUCUACAUCAAAGCGAGGGGAGGGUCGCUCUUCGGCCCUCGCGAGGCAUGGAGGUCCACUUUCAUCCACGCCAUCAUCAACAUUGUGUCCAUCGCCUGCGCCUACAGCUCCUUCAUGGUCAUCCCAGCUGGGAAUGGCACUGUCCGAAAGGGAACGUCCACUCUCUGCUCUGCCCUCAUGGCCCUGGUCAUUGACAGUUACCACCUGAGCAUCUAUGACUGGAUUGGCCUCUCGGGCAGCCUGGUGGGUCUGGCCCUCAUCGUGGUGCCCGACCUGAUGAGGCUGGACAGGACCUCUCGCCUCUCCGACGUCUUCGGCUACAUCCUGGCGAUGCUGGGGGGCUUGGCGCUGGCCAUGGCCCUCAUGAUCUUCCGAACCCUCACUCACCCGUCCAAGCUGAUGACUGCCGCUUUCAGCUUCGGGGUGGUGGGCAGCCUGGUGUGCGGCCCGCUCAUGUUGCUCCUCCAGAAGCCCAUCGUGCCCGUCGACCCGCUCACCUGGUGCUGCGUGAUGGGUGUCACUUUGCUGGCCCUGGUCUCCUUCUUCUGCGCCAACUAUGCAGUGACCAAGACCCACCCUGCUCUGGUGUGUGCCUUCCUGCACUCAGAAGUGGUGGUCACAAUGACCAUUCAAUACUUCAUCCUCCAUGAACCGGUCACCCGUUUCGGACUGAGUGGGGCCACUGUGAUUAUCUGCAGCAUCAUCGUUAUCACUGCCCAGAGCGUGACCCAGAACCCAAAGGAGUCAAACUCUUGCGACCCUGUAAGUAUCCCCAUGUCCCAUUCCCGGGAAUUUCGUUCUGGAUCAGAACAAGUCUGUGCAUUGGAAGCCAACACCAUCUCUCCGUCGGCUGGUGUUUUUGCGGUGUCGCCUGCGGUUACCAAAUCUCAAAAACAUCCCAAAUCCUGGCAACAGAGAAUGUGCUGGGCUCUGCUUGCAAAGCACAAACCGUUAGACCGCCGGCUUGCAGGAGCCCUGUUCGAAACCGUGGCACCGGUCCGGGCAGCAGAUUAUUUUAGCAGCUCCUCUGGCCUGGGCACAGAGACUUAG